AUGUUUUCAUAUGGUAAACGUUUCAUGCAGUUAAUUGGAUCGGAUGUAAUUUAUUGGUUUCCGGCGUGUAUAUUAAUAGGAGCAGCUUUUGAAUUGUUUAAAAUAAAGUUCACAUUUAUGGGUGUGAACUAUUACACAGUAUUUAAGAAGAAACAAAUGCAACGACAGCUGGAUGAUUUAGAGAAUUGGCUAAAACAAAUGGAUGACUUAUCUGCUCAAGCUGUACAGUCACAAAUUGAAGCCAGGAAAAAGAAGUGA